AUGUCCCAAGAUAUCCAAACAAAAGCCAUUAAUACAAUCAGAGUCCUGGCUGCCGACAUCGUCGCCAAGGCAAAUUCUGGACACCCUGGUGCCCCAAUGGGAAUGGCCCCGGCCGCCCACGCCGUCUACACCCAGAUGAAAUUCAACCCAAAGAACCCACACUGGAUCAACAGAGAUAGAUUUGUCCUCUCGAACGGUCACGCAUGUGCUCUCCUGUACACCUUGCUGCACCUGUUCGGCUACGACCUCACCAUGGACGACCUCAAGUCGUUCAGACAGAUCAACUCCAAGACUCCGGGCCACCCUGAGGUGGGCAUCCCAGGUGUCGAGGUCACCACCGGUCCGCUUGGUCAGGGUAUCUCCAACGCGGUUGGUUUGGCCAUUGCUCAGGCUAACUUUGCUGCCACCUACAACAAGCCAGGUUACACUCUCUCCGACAACUACACCUACUGUUUCUUCGGUGACGGAUGUAUGAUGGAGGGCGUUGCCUCCGAGGCCAUGUCUCUUGCUGGCCACCUGCAAUUGGGCAACCUGAUCACUUUCUACGACGACAACAAGAUCUCCAUCGACGGAAGCACCGAGGUUGCUUUCACCGAGGACGUUUGCGGAAGACUCGAGAAGUACGGAUGGGACAUCUUCGAGGUCCCUGACGCUGACACCAACGUUGCCGCCAUUUCCGAGGCCAUUGCCAAGGCUAAGAAGACCAACAAGCCUUCAUGUAUCAGAAUCAGAACCACAAUUGGUUUCGGUUCGCUCAACGCUGGCUCUCACUCCGUCCACGGUGCUCCUCUCAAGAAAGACGACAUUAUCCAAUUGAAGGAGAAAUGGGGCUUCGACCCAGAAAAGUUCUUCGUUGUUCCACAAGAGGUGUACGACUACUACCACAAGAUUUCUGAGGCUGGUGCUGCUGCCGAGGCCGAGUGGAACAAGCUGUUCGAGGCCUACCAGAAGGAGUUCCCUAAGGAGGGUGCCGAGCUCGCCAGAAGACUCAGGGGUGAGCUUCCAGAAGGCUGGCAAAACGUUCUCCCAACUUACCAACCAGGCGACGCUGCGGUUGCCUCCAGAAAGCUUUCUGAAGUUUGCCUGGGUAAGCUGCAAGCUGUUCUUCCAGAGUUAGUCGGUGGUUCUGCCGACUUGACCCCAUCCAACUUGACCAGAUGGUCCGGUGCCAUCGACUUCCAGCCACAGUCCACGGGUCUGGGUGACUACUCUGGUAAGUACCUGAGAUUCGGUGUUAGAGAGCACGGUAUGGGCGCCAUCAUCAACGGUAUUUCUGCCUUCGGUGCCAACUACAAGUCUUUCGGUGCCACUUUCCUCAACUUUGUGUCCUACGCCUCUGGUGCCCUGAGACUGUCUGCUCUCUCGCACCACCCUGUCAUCUGGGUUGCUACCCACGACUCCAUUGGUCUUGGUGAGGACGGACCAACCCACCAGCCUAUCGAGACUCUUGCUCACUUCAGAGCUAUUCCUAACUUGAUGGUCUGGAGACCAGCUGAUGGUAACGAGACCUCUGCUGCUUACAUCAAGGCCAUCUCGAGCACCAAGACUCCAUCGGUGCUGGCUCUUUCUAGACAAAACCUGCCUCAACUGCCUGGCUCUUCUGUUGAGAAGGCCUUGAAGGGUGGUUACACUGUUCAUGAGGUUGACAACGCCAAGCUGAUCUUGGCUGCUACCGGUUCUGAGGUCUCUCUUUCCAUUGAUGCUGCCAAGCUCCUGACUGAGAAGGGCAUCCCAACUGCUGUUGUUUCCAUUCCAGACUUCUUCACUUUCGACCAGCAGCCAGCUGACUACAAGCUGUCUGUGCUGCCAGACGGCGUUCCUAUUCUGUCUGUCGAGGUGAUGGCCACCUCUGGAUGGGCCAAGUACGCCCACGCCCAAUUCGGCCUCAACAGAUUUGGUGCCUCCGGUAAGACUGCCGACGUGUACAAGUUCUUCGACUUCACUCCAGAGGGUGUUGCCAAGAGGGGUGAGCAGACCUACGAAUUCUUCAAGGGCAAGAACCUGUUUUCUCCAUUGCACACUCCUUUCUAA